AUGUCUCAUCCACGGGUAGAAGAGGUGUCGGACAGCGACGGCGACGUGGCGUCGGACCCCGAGGAAGGCGAUAUUGACGACUUUGUCGACUCGGACAUCAUGCGGCGCAUCCCCCAGCCCCAGCCGCCGUCGAGGUCCUCGGCACCGCGGGCACCGGCCGCCUCCAACCUGCGCGGGCAGACGCUCGCCCACGACGCCGACCGGACCGCCUACUCCUCCUUCCAGUGCAUCUACCCCGUCUACUUUGACGGCGGGCGCAGCCUCUCCCAGGGCCGCCGCGUGCCGGCCUCGCUGGCCGUGCGCAACCCCCUGGCGCGCGAGAUCGCAAACGCCUGCUCGCGCCUCGGCCUGCCCACGCUCCUGGAGCCGGAGAAGACGCACCCCAAGGACUGGGCGAACCCGGGCCGCGUAAAGGUCGGCCUGAGGCAGACGCCGCAGAACGCGUCGGGCAUCAGGAGCAAGCACCACCUGUACGUCCUGGUCGCGGAGCACCUGCGGCGGCACCCCACCACGGACAAGUCGCCCGGGCUGAGGGUCAGGAUGGGGUCCCAGGUGCAGCCGCCCGAGGGCAAGCCGUAUCCCAAGCCCGCGGUGCCGAGGGGCUGGAAGAUGGGCGAGUACCUGCCGUACCUGAGCCCGGCCAUGACGGGGGGCGGCGUGUCGGAGAACCUGUUCAAGGACAUGAUGAAGGAGAUGCAGAGCGGGGGGGAUCCCAUGAGUGCGCUGAUGGCGGGCGCUGCCGGGCUCGACGGCGACGAGGCGAGCGGCGGCGGCGGCGGCGGGAAGAAGAAGAAGGACAGGAAGGGGAAGGGCAGGACGUGA